GUAGGUGCUGGGCUGGUGCUGCUGCUGCGGCGGGCGGCGUUCUGGGUGCCGGCGCUGCCGGGCCGCGGCCGUCCUCGUCUCCCCUGCCUCGGCGGCGCGAUGGGAGCGGGGCCGGCGGGCCUGUACUUCGGCCUGUGCUGGGCGCUGGCCGCCCGGGCGAGCGGCGAGAUGGAGCCGCGGCUGCAGCGGGGCAUGCCAAAUGUCUGUCCAGUGUUAGAGUUGGCACUGGUAGGACACCCACAGCCAUGUGUUCAAGCCUUUAGUCGAAUGGUGAAGAUGUGGAAACAAGGUUGCACAAGGAGGAGGUGGUGUAUGGGCUAUGAGAGAAGGUCUGGAUACUACACAAUUUACAAGCAGGUGUACAGAUUGGAGCAUCAGACUGUCUAUAAGUGCUGCCCUGGAUGGGUCCAACAUGACAAUGAACCUGGCUGUUUGCACUUGCUGUGCACUGUUGGCACUUGCUUCAAUGGAGGGAAGUGUUCUGAAGCAGGAUCCGAGGUUUGCCAGUGUACUGCAGGAUUUCAGGGUCCUCGCUGCCAGUAUGAUGUAAAUGAGUGCACCAUGGAGAAUGGUGGCUGUCAUGACCAGUGCUGUAAUACUGUUGGCAGCUACCACUGCAAAUGUCCAGCUGGCCAGAAACUGGAGGAAGAUGGAAAAUCAUGCAGAGAUGUGGAUGAGUGUACAGUGGUGAAUGGUGGCUGCCAGCAAGGCUGUGUCAACACACAUGGCUCCUUCCACUGCCAGUGCUGGGCAGGAUACAGGCUCCACGCUGAUGGGCGCACUUGCAUAGCCAUCAAUUCCUGCAGUGUUAACAAGGGAGGCUGCGAGCAGGACUGUGUUCAGAUCGGUGAAGACCACUAUAAGUGCCAGUGCCAGCCAGGCUACCAGCUGAAGAGGGAUGCCAGAUCCUGUGAAGUGAUAGACCCCUGCACAACUGGGAAUGGAGGAUGCCCACAAAUCUGUCAGAAUGAGAGAGGAAUUGCAAAAUGCGAGUGUCAUGCAGGGUAUUAUCUUUCCGCAGACAAAACGUCCUGUUUAGACAUUGAUGAGUGUGCAGAAGGAAGAGCCAGGUGUGCUCAUCGUUGUGUGAACAGUCUGGGAUCCUUCACCUGUGUCUGUAAUCCGGGCUUCGAACUGGGGGCUGAUGGAAAGCAGUGCUACCGCAUCGAAAUGGAAAUUGUCGAUAGCUGCCAGGAAAGCAAUGGUGGCUGCUCUCACCACUGCGAGCACACGACUGCGGGACCACGAUGCUCCUGUGACCAUGGCUAUCACCUCGAUUUUGAUGGCAAAACGUGUGCGGAGCUGGACGAGUGCAAGACCGGAGAGUCCUGCUGCUCCCAAUUCUGCAUCAACUAUGCAGGUGGCUACGAGUGUGCCUGCAAAGCAGGGUUCCAGCCAAAUGCCGAUGGCUGUGACUGUGACGAUGUGGAUGAAUGUCAUCUAGAUAACGGCAACUGUGACCAUUUCUGUGUUAAUUUUCUGGGGUCAUACGAAUGUGCAUGUAAGGAGGGUUACAGGCUUGGUGUUAACAGACGGUCCUGCAUUGCCCUAGGUGGGGAGGACGUGGAUGCAGAGGAGGCAGUGGGGUUUGCCGGGGCUCCAGGGCUGCAGUUCAGAGAUCCCCCCCAGCUCCUUCGCUACGCACUUGGUGCCCUCUAUGAGGAUGCAGAUCCACGAGGAGAGCUCACCCUGCUGCACAGGGUCGUUUGCCUUGAUAACACUUUUGGAAAUGACUGUAGCUUGAGCUGUGAGGAUUGUCUGAACGGAGGCAGAUGUAACAGUGAACACAGUGGCUGUGUUUGCUCUCCUGGGUGGACUGGCAUUAUCUGUAAUGAAACUUGCUCCCCAGGGAUGUCCGGCAGAGGCUGUGCCAGCAUUUGCAAGUGCCAGAACGGAGGCUCGUGUGACCCUGUCACAGGGCAGUGCCGCUGCCCGCCCGGUGUGCAUGGCAAGCUCUGUGAAGAUGGUUGCCCAAAAGGCUUCUUUGGGAAGAACUGUAAUAAACCAUGCAACUGCGCCAACAACGGCUAUUGCCACAGACUCUAUGGAGCCUGCCUCUGUGACCCGGGGCUCUACGGGCGCUUCUGCCAUCUUACCUGUCCCAGGUGGGCCUUCGGAGCUGGCUGCUCAGAGGAGUGUCAGUGCAUGAAAGAGCACACGCUGGAAUGCAACGCAAGGAAUGGGACUUGCACCUGCAAGCCUGGUUAUCAUGGCAAAAAGUGUCAGAAAGAGUGCACGCCUGGAUUUUAUGGGGCUGGUUGCAAACUGAGGUGUAACUGUCCUACUGAUGUUCUGUGUGAUCAUGAGACAGGAGUCUGCCAACAUUCAUGUCCACCUGGGUUUCAUGGAGAAAAAUGCCAUUUAUCCUGUCAGCCUGGGAGCUUUGGGGUGAACUGCAGGCAGAGGUGCAGCUGCGGAGAACUGCCAUGCAAUCCAAAGACAGGGCAGUGUAUUUGCCCAGCUGGGAAGACUGGUGCUACAUGUGAGCAAGAUUGCCCAGCUGGUCAGUGGGGACCAGACUGCCAGUCCUCCUGUAAGCCCUGUGCCAAUGGGGGACAAUGCAACAGAGAGACUGGAGCCUGCAACUGUCCCCCAGGCUACAGUGGGGCAUCCUGUUCCACAUCCUGCCCUGAUGGUUACUAUGGACAAAAUUGCCUGCUGUUAUGCAGCUGUAGCAGCAGCACUCAAUGUCACCAUGUCACCGGAGAGUGUAUAUGUUCCCCUGGCUGGACUGGCCAUGACUGCAAACACCCCUGCAAUAGUGGCCGUUGGGGACAGCGCUGUGAAAACAUGUGUGUCUGCAAUAAUAGCGACGGUAGCUGUGAUCCAGUCACUGGCUCCUGCUUCUGUGAGCCAGGAUUCACUGGGAAACACUGUGAAUGGAGGUGCCCUGAGGGAAGCUUUGGCCCGAGCUGUGAGCACAGCUGUCAGUGCCAGAACGGAGCUGCCUGUGACCACGUGAGCGGAGCCUGUACUUGCACAGCGGGCUGGACGGGAACCUUUUGUGAAAGAGCUUGCCCAGAUGGAUUCUUUGGGCUUGACUGCCACCAGGUGUGCAAGUGCAAGAAUGCUGCCGGCUGCGACCACGUCCUGGGAACAUGCCACUGCCUCCCUGGCUGGCUGGGAGAGACCUGCGAGCAGCCCUGCCAGGGGGACAGCUAUGGGCCAGGCUGCAGCCACACAUGUCAGUGUCACAAUGGAGCAUUCUGUCAUCAUAUAACUGGGACGUGCCUUUGUAGCCCAGGGUGGAAAGGAGCCACCUGCCAAGAAGCCUGUCCCACUGGAUGGUAUGGUGCAAACUGUCUCCAGCGCUGCAUCUGCCACGGCCAGGCGACAUGUGACCAUAUAACGGGCAAGUGCCAGUGUCCCCAGGGUUGGACGGGGAUAGCGUGUGAGCUGGAGUGUGGGAACAGGAGGUAUGGAGAGGGCUGCGAGCAGAGCUGUAGCUGCCACCAUGGGGUUUGUGACCAGCACUCGGGAAAAUGCAUCUGCCACACUGGCUGGACUGGGGACCACUGUGAUGCUGUCUGCCCUGUAGGAUUUUUUGGCAAAUGGUGUGAGGAGCAAUGUGACUGCAUACACGGCUUGUCCUGCCACCAUCAAACUGGAGCAUGUCACUGUGAAAAGGGAUGGAGAGGGAGGCACUGUGACAAACCUUGCUUGCCUGGCCGCUAUGGUGUGGGCUGUGCCCAGCGGUGCCGGUGUCCCAUGGGUACCCCCUGCCAUCACUUGACCGGCGAGUGUGGAUGUCCUCCGGGAUUCACUGGCUCCAGCUGUGAGAAAACUUGUCCACCAGGCAUGUAUGGCAAGAACUGUAAGCAAGUAUGUCAGUGCUCUGCUGAGAAUGAGGAAUGUCACCCAGUGACCGGCAACUGCAUGUGCCGCCCAGGGUACUACGGGGCACGCUGCAACCUCCGGUGUCCAAAAGGUACUUAUGGUUCAAACUGCCAAAACCUCUGUAAAUGUAUGAAUGGAGGCCACUGCGACCCCGCGUCAGGAACUUGUGAUUGCACGCCUGGUUUUAUUGGAGCCGACUGUAGUAAAACUUGCCCUGAAAAUCGAUAUGGGAAGGACUGCACCCUGUUCUGUGUGUGUGGUAAAGGUCAGUGUGACCCACGGACUGGCAAGUGUACCUGUCCUCCUGGCCAAAUGGGACCCAGCUGUCAGCAAGUGUGUCCCCAGGGACAAUAUGGCCCCAACUGCCUCCUGACAUGUACCUGUCAGAACGGUGGUAUCUGUGACCAUGUGGAUGGCAACUGCACUUGUGGGCUUGGCUGGACAGGAAGAUUGUGUGAAAAAGCAGAAUGUCUCCCAGGGAAGUAUGGGUCUGGCUGUGUCUUGGACUGCUCAUGCCAGCACAAUGGCACCUGCGACAGGUUCACAGGCUGCUGCCAAUGUCCCGAGGGUUACUAUGGACACUCCUGCGAGCACAGGUGCCCCCUUGGAUUUUAUGGGCUAAGCUGUCUUCAUGCAUGUGCCUGUAAAAAUGGAGCAAGCUGUGAUGCAGUGACAGGACAAUGCAUUUGUCGUUUGGGUUUUCAAGGUGUCCACUGUGAAAAAGGCUGUGACAGGGGCUGGUUUGGAGAGAAGUGCCGGCAUCAGUGCAACUGCGGAGAUGCUCCUUGUGAUCCAGAGACUGGGAAGUGCCUCUGCCCACCUGGAAAGACCGGAGAAAAAUGUGACGUUGGAUGCAGGUCAGACCAGUAUGGCCCUGACUGCUCCCUGCGAUGCCAGUGUGCCAACAAAUCCCAGUGCAAUCCAUACAACGGGAACUGUGUAUGUCCAGCCACGUGGAUGGGGCCAACCUGCAAAGAAGGUGGCCUUCCAAAGCUUCCUUUUUAUGAAGAGCAAACUCAAGAAAGAGGGAAUAUUUUUCCAAGAGCUCUACAACAGUAACAUUUGGACUAAUAAAUGAACUGUUUUAUAUGCACAGACGGUAUUUGAAUUUGGAUAUGAAAACAGCGAUUCAAUUCAGCUUGAAUUGUACUGAAGUAUUCACACUUCUUAUGGAAGACUACAGAGGCCAUUUAGUAGCUGGUUCCUUUUAAAAAGUUGAAUUUCUUUCAUGUAUUUAUUCCUAGCCUCUUACCUCUCCAUUAAUCUGCGCUGGGCAUUCUUUCUGAUAUAAUAUAAUUCAUUGUUUGAAAGCUUGGACAUGUUUUUAAUAAGACCAGCUCCAAAGAGUAUCAGGAUAAGCAGUAUGCAACAUAUCAACAUGCAGUGAGUCACACCAUGUAUAAGCGGCUUUCUAAACCCACUUGACAACCAGCGAGAAGUUUAAUGAGUGUUUCACAGAUUAUGAAGCCAGUAUGGAUUCACUGCAAAAUGUCAUUGCACAGAAACUAGUGGGAUUCACCAAAUUAAUUCCUCUUUGAAUAACAUUGCAUGUUCUAGAAAAGCAUUCAGUCUAAUUUUACACCUGCAACUGAAGAAGAAUCCACCACAGUCCUUGAUCAGUUGUUAAUUAAUUUAAGUACUGCAUAUCUAGUGUGGAUUGACUGAUUGGAAAGGCGCCAUCUGUAUCUUUCUUGACAUCUGAAUCUGUCUUCCAAAGAGCAUGGUGUCAUCUGUCAGACUAUUCUGGCUUUUUGCAUACUCCCACCUUGUCAGUUGAGUUUCUCAGUGGUUUGUCAAGUCAAACUGUGCAGCAGUUCUCAUCAAACAGUACCUUCUAACAUAGAAGAGUUUUAUCUUGAAUGGAGAAAGCAGAUAGUAAACAAGGGUAGAUGUUUAAAGAUAAUCUUUGUUCUUUAUAUAAAGGAUUCUAAUAUGCACUUACUGCACAAUACCUUGAUUAAGUCAGCUUUAAAAAGUCCUGAUACCAUUCAACAGCUGUUGUUGGUCACUUAAUAGAACAAAGACAUUUUGGUGCUAUUUUGUCUGUUUAGACACAUUAUUCUUCAAUAUAGGGCUAUGUCAUUAUAUAGAAAUGUUCUCUAUUUUAAUAUUCUGCAUUAACCAGACUAAAAGCUUUCAGAGUGCCUCUUUAUAAUUCUUUUUAGGCUAGGAGUUUCAAAAUCUAUGUAGUAACCUCUUCAGUCUGGCUAUAUCAGAAGUGCACUUAUUAAAGGGCAUCAGGACCGUGGGCUCAGUAGACAGGUAUUACAAGGAGUUCCAGGUCUUGGAUUCGUUCAUACCACUGUUUACACAUUGUAACAAAUUGCAACUCUGCAAGAGAAGAUAAUUGUCUUAGAAGAGACAAAGUGACAAUAAUUGAUGCUAACCUGUGAUUUUUAAAGAUGAAGUUUGCUGUUGCAGUAGGAUAAUGAGAAGGUGAAGUAACAGUUUUAGCCCAUGGUUCACCUCAGGUCUUCAAUACAUCUACAGUCAGUAACUGUUCAGUAAAAAACAAACAACACUUGCUCACCUGGGAGUUUAAUUCAAACUGUGAUCUACCAAGAGCAAUACAGGUUUGGUUGGUAUUUUUCAGUGCUGAUCAACACUCAUGCUGAUUCUCUGUCAUUUCCUCUUCAGAGUUGUGAAUCUCACUGGAAACCUUACUCAAUGUAAAUGUGACUAAAUUGCUGUUGUCCCAAAACUAGUCAGAAGUGUGGGGCUCUCAGCAGGGCUUUACUAUCAUCAGCUGUGACAUUUUAAAUGUUCUUUUGGAGGUGUGGUGGCCUGGGUCUGAUGCUACAAUUAUGUGAAUUUGGUGCAGUUUCACUAAACUGGAACUGAUAAAGUGAAUCUUGUGUGAGACAAUUAGAUGUAAUGUUAGCAACUGCUGGAGAAGAACAAUCCAAGUUAAGCAAUUGACAUAUUUUGAUUUUAACUAUGUAUUUACCAUAGAGCCAAACUACAGUGGUAAUGCAAACAUUGCAUUAUAUUCACGAUUUUCCAUAAAAUCAUAAAGUUCAGUUGUAAAGACCUCUGGAGUUCCAGGCUUCUCUACAAAACCCAGUCAACUUCAAAGUUAAAUGGGGUUGUUCAGAGAUUCAUCCAGUUGAGUUCUGAGUGUCUCCAAGGAUGGAGAUCCCACCACCUCUUUGAGCUUCUGUCCCAGUGAAAAUUUCAUGUUCAUGAUUUUUUAAUUUUUUUUUUAUUCCUGGUUUUUAAUCAGAAUUUCCUAAGUUACAGUUUUGGUCCACUGCUUCUCAUCCUUUCAGCAUGCAUCUCUGUUUGUCUUCAUCUCAUCUACAGCCCCCAUGGGGUAGUUGACAACAGCAGUAAUACCUCCCCUUGGUCUUCUCUCCUGAAGACUGAGCACACCCUGCUCCCUCAGACCCACCUGUAUCAGCCCGAUUACCUUGGUGACCUUCUACUGUUACAGUAUGUCGGACAUUUCAGUCUAGGGAAAGAUGCCUAAUGACUGGUGUGGUUACUCAGCAGCUAAUGCAUAAACCCCAAAACUUACAUUUUGCUGUUUGACAGCAGUUUAUAAAAUGUAUUGGUUUUUUUUUAUCUAUGUAUACUGAUAUGUGAUUACAGCAGCUAAUCAAAGGGGAAACCUUUCUCAAGCCAUAAUAUUUACACGUGUGUAUACUUGUUUACAUUUUCCACAGUACAUUGGUAAUAGAACUGUAAAUAUGUAGUAUAAAGGAAAGAUUUUUGUAUUAUGUAUUUUUAAGGAAUUUCACAAUUUUAGGUACAUGAGGAAACACAUAUUUUAAGUGACUGAUACUGAGCUUGUGCCAGUGAAUGAGAGGCCCAAGUAGAUCUGCCUGGGAAAUAUUUCAGCAAACUUUUUACUUAAAUCCAAAAAUACCAAUUCGUACAAAACCACUCACAUGAAAUAAUCUUUUUUGUUUAUUCCUCCUUCAAAAUACUUCUUUGCUUCUUUAUGUUAUUGCCGUGGGGAAAGAAGUUCAUUUCAGUGCCAUUAAACAGAUAAUUCUGAUUCAGGACUCAGUAUGACUUUUUCAAAGUACAGUCAUAUAAAGGUAAAAAUCAAAUAUUUCAAAAAUAUUGAUUGGGUUUUGAACAUUUUUUUCUUGGUUCCCUGUGGGGCUAUUCACUUUUCACAAGGCAAGGAAAAUGUUUACAGGAUGUUGUUUUCUAGAAGAAGGCCAAAACUUUAUGUCAUUUUCUAUUAAUUAAGGAAGUUUACUUGCUUGCAAUGUCAUUAAUAUGUUUUGAUUCUGCUCCUCACUGCAGAUUAACAAGUGUACCUAAUUCUGUGCCUACAAAAUAGUCUUUAUUAGAUAGCAUGGACUUUUUUAAUGGAAAAUCUACUAAAACAGCUUUUCCGUAGAUCAAUCUUGUGGCAAGUGAGCAUAGGUCCUGCUGAAAUAAUACAACUGCUUAUUUGCUUCAUCAGAUUCCAGUGAAAGACAGGCUGAUACUGUCCUGAACAUAGCACUGGAGCUGGUUGAAAAUGAAAGUAAAAACUUCAGGUUUUACAUUUAAAUUUACGUACAUCUUCCACUUGGUAAGUGCCUUUCCUGGCUCUCCAUUUCCCAGAAGGCUGAAGUUAAUUAGACUUUCUGGAAAAGAGCACUCUGUGUAUUCCACUGUAGCAUGCUUGCAUGCAUAGAUAAUUCCUUUCAGAAAGACAUUUAAACAAUUUUGGCCAUGCAGUUUCUGUGUCAAAUCCCACUCUCUUAGCUGUUUUGUUUCAGGUAACUUCAGUUUGAGAAGAGUGGAAGUGAGUUGAGUGUAACUCAGUGGGUCCAGCAGAAUCUUACUCAAUGUGAAUUCGUGAAACCAGAACAUGUUUUAAGUUAGACUUUGGUAUUUAUAACACAAUCCUCAUAGGAAAACAAUCAGAAUUUUAAAAAAUCUCCACUUCCCCUGCCAAAAAUUAUUAUUCUACUUUUAUCCUUUUGAUGUUGAAGAACCAUAGCUAUUAAAGUUUGCCCAGAUUUCUUGCCAACCAUAUUAUUUUGAUUGGCUGCAGAUUUCUGUUUGUGUAAGUAAUAACCAUCCUGGUGUCAGGAGUUGCCAAUAGGACAAACAUGGAAAUUAUACCUUUAUGUCAUUCUCAGAAGAGCCAAAGACACAUUUUGGAGCCAUCAUGGCUUCAUACUGUUGGUCUAAUGGUGACAAAUGAUGUUUCCGUUAGAGUUUAGCUUCUUACCAGAGCAAAGAAAAGCUUAGGAAGAGUUCUUGAGAGAACUGGUGGACCAAGAAAUCUCCAUCCUCCCAUCUUUGUGUUGAUUUUAUAUAUAUAUAUAGUUAGUUAGGCUAGAAACCACCUCAGUCCCCAGUUCUCGAAGAACUUUUCCUGCAUAUUGGCCUGUGGCUAACUGCAGCAGCUCUGUGCAUGAGCUGCAACUGUUCGCAGUAAUUCUUUUGCAGGGUCAAGGCUUUAAAUUCUAACACUGCGUAAAGCAAUUUCCCCUGGUAAACACCGAAUCUCUCAUUUGUGGACCAUAAAUUGUUCAUUCUGUUCUUUUUAUUGCUUUUAAUAAGCACUUGCAUAGCAGUAUUAUGCCUUUGUGAAUUUGUCACCCCUCUUCAAAGAAUAUGUGGGAUGUAUCUCGAAACUGUACUGUACUUUCUGUUGUAGACAUAUCAUAGAAAAAGGACACUGUUUUGGGGUUUUUUAUAUAAACAUGUCAUUAAAACUUG